AUGACAGCUACUGCUGGCAAUGAGGUUUUUGAAUCGAAAAUCACAGCCUAUGUUCUGGCUUGCUGGAUCCUGGCUGCUUUUGGUGGUUUGAUGUUUGGUUAUGAUAUCGGGAUUUCAGGUGGAGUGAGUGGGAUGGAUGAUUUCUUGAUAAAAUUCUUUCCGGCUGUGUAUGCAAAGAAGAAGAAAGCAGUAGAGAACAACUAUUGUAAGUUUGACAAUCAGAUGCUUCAGCUCUUCACUUCUUCGCUGUACAUGGCGGCGCUUGUAGCCAGCUUCGGCGCAUCCAAGGCUUGUAACUUGCUCGGCCGCCGCCCCACCAUUCUCAUGGCCUCCGUCCUCUUCGUCAUCGGCGCCGCUCUCAGCGCUUUUGCUGAACAUAAAUGGAUUCUCAUCUUGGGUCGCAUCUUCUUUGGUAUUGGUGUAGGCUUCGGAAAUGAGACGGUGCCGUUAUUUUUGACGGAGGUGGCGCCGGUGCAGCACAGAGGAGCGGUGAACAUUCUGUUCCAGCUGAUGAUCACAGUUGGGAUAUUCAUUGCCAAUAUUGUGAACUACGUUACGUCGGAGAUGCAUCCCCACGGGUGGAGGGUAUCCCUCGGGGUGGCGGCCAUUCCGGCGGUGAUGUUGGGGCUGGGGAGCUUGGUGAUCAGCGAGACGCCGGCGAGUUUGGUGGAGAGGGGGAAGGUGGAUCAGGGGAGGGCGGCGCUGAAGAAGAUCAGGGGAGUGGACAAUGUAGAGCCAGAGUUCGAGACGAUCGUGGCAGGAUGCGAGGCGGCGGCGCAGGUGAAGAAGCCGUUAAAGAAGCUGAUGAAGAAAUCCGGGCAGCCCCAACUCAUCAUCGCCGUCGUCCUUCAAGUUUUCCAGCAGUUCACCGGAAUCAACGCGAUUAUGUUCUACGCGCCGGUUCUGUUCCAAACCAUGGGGUUCAAGGCCAACGGGUCCCUCCUCUCCUCCAUCAUCACCGGCCUAGUCAACGUCCUGGCCACCUUCGUCUCCAUCUACACGGUCGACAAAUUGGGGCGGCGAAAGCUCCUCCUCCAAGGCUGCAUUCAGAUGUGCAUUUCCCAGGUGGCAAUUGGCGUAAUCCUAGUCACCAACUUAAAAGCCACGGGAUCCCUAGACAAGACCCUGUCAACCGUGGUGGUGAUUCUAGUCUGCCUAUACGUGAUGGCCUUCGCCUGGUCAUGGGGGCCUCUAUGUUGGCUAAUCCCCAGCGAAAUCUUUCCGCUGGAAACCAGAACAGCAGGAUUCGCAUUCGCGGUUAGCACCAACAUGCUCUGCACCUUCAUCAUCGCGCAAGCCUUCUUGUCAAUGAUGUGCGGGAUGCAAGCUUACAUCUUCUUCUUCUUCUCCGCGUGGAUAGUAGCAAUGGGACUGUUUGUGCUCUUCUUCUUGCCCGAGACCAAAGGUGUGCCCAUAGAUCUAAUGGUGGAGAAAGUGUGGAAGCAACACCCCGUGUGGCGGAAGUUCUUUAGGAGCGAUGUUAGGAGCUAUGAAAUGGCUUAGCUUGAAGGAUUGAAGAAGAGAUUAAAAGCAGAGAUCGGCCAUGGACAUAGCUUGGAUGCAUGCAUGCGUUGUUGCCGGUCAUCUUUCAUUUCUAUGCUUACAAUAAUGAGAUUGUUAUUGUUCAUCCUAGCUAUGAGCAAUAUUCAAUUUGGGCGGAGCAUUAAAAAAAAUAAAUAAAACUUGGUCCCUUAGCUUAUCAUUGUAAUUUGCU